AUUAUGGAAAUAAUGUAAUAUCAUUGAACUAUUUUAUACCAGACUGCGGUCACUUGACCCUAGUCUCUGGCCCAUAAAUGGCAUUGGGAGUUAAAACAGGGAGCGUUUAUCCUAUGCGACCUUUGCUACCAGACUUGUCUUCUAGGCAUGUUUUUAUAUCUCGUCCCCAUUGUGUCACAUUCAGUUCUAUGAUAUCAUCCCUGUAGUCUUCUUGUUAGUCUUCUGGAGAUGUGAAGUGACUGCUCAACGGUUCUCAUGAGAUCGUUGAUAUAACCCAGAUAGCGGAAGGAAGGAUGAGGGAAGAAGAUUAAGGGUAUUAACCAAUCUGUUUCUUCAGAUGUGAUAACAUUGGGUGGUGAGUUGAUAGGGCUGCCAGAUAAACCGAGCGGUUUGUUUUUUCAUUAAUAAAGUGUCAAGUAUUUUGUAUUUUGAUUAACAAACCCCAGCCAUAUUCUGUGCAGCUGGAAAUAUAUUAAUAUGCAUAGCAAAAAAUAUAUGUGAUCGUAAUUUAGAUAAAUGCAUAUACAACCACAGGGCACACAGUUGUAUAACAGUAUUGUUUAUUUAUGCAAUUUUGUUAUUUUGUUUGGAGCUUCUUCAUUUCGACCAUGCAAGACAUUUCGAACGUUGCCUCAUUGAAAAUGCUCUUCAAUGGCAACAACUUGAGAUGUUAAGUCAGCAUGCCGACUGACACACCCUCAUCCAUUACUGCAGUUAUACUGUGCCAUGCAAUGCAUGACUGCUUGGGCUGCAACAAAAUGGCCUCCGCCGAAUAUAAGUGCAUGGGAGUUUGAGUGUAUCUGUGAUUUUUAUUCCCUCCCCCUUUCUCCCCCUUCCCCUCCCUACCUCUGUGCAUGGCCGAUGCAGACAAAAUAGUGGUGCUGGGUUCUGACAAGCCCUCCUCAGAAGCCGUGGCCACCUCCCUUCGCUUCGCCGGUCCUUCUCAGUCCGGCUCGUUUUCGCCCGCUAACUAUGGGAGCGAAGCGUCAUCGGGUCCGUCUGAUGGAAAGCCAGAUUCACCAAUCGUGACGUCCCCCGUGUCUGAAAGGAUAAAGGCACUGGAGGCCCUGGCAGCAAAGAAGGAGCCCGAGCCCAAGACCGAUGGAGGCUUGCCUCACUUCAAAGAGCGCCACUAUGAAAAGUCUCCUACUGAGGCGCCGGCAGAGACCACCUCACCCUUCCAGAAAAAAGGAGCCUCCACUGAUCAGGAUUCACCAGAAUCUCCAUUUGAGGUCCUGGGAGAAGCACGGCAAGGGAGUGAGUUUGAAGAUACUGCAGAGUGGAUGAGAGCUCACUUACCCCCUGUGCCUGACUUUGAGGACAAAGUAGAUUUAAGCAAAGAUGCUCUUGUAUUAGAGAAGGAUGGCAAAUCCCAGGAGAUAAAAGGGGCAGAUAAAGUGGUAGCUGAUGUUCCAGAGGCGUUUGCGUGUGUCCCUGAUGCUUUCAUGGACUCUCCCAUCGAAGGGCCUAAACUUAAAAAUGUGUUCAAAGACCCAGCGCAGCAGUCUAGCGUUGAGGAAGAAUCUGAAUUUGACCUGAGCUUCCUACCUACAGCGUACAUGACAGACACCCAAGGCCCCCCUGACCUUGACUCAGAGCUCCCUGCCUCUCCUGCCCCUCCUUCUGGUUUUGACUCUCCCCCUCAACCCCCUCCUUCUGACUCUAACGAGAAGGACUCGAAGACCAAGCAGGCCCCAUGGGGUGGUGAGGUAGUCGAAGUCGACAGCUCAGGAGACUCUGAUGACACUGUCAUUGAGGACGCAGCCUCCAUCCUUGCUCCCUCCAUCCCUGCGCCCUCUUUGUCAAGCGAUACUGCACCCGCCCCCAACCCAUCUGUUCCCUCUCUCCCUACUGAAGAAAAGGAAACCCCGCCAGCAAAGCAGCCAAUGCGGGUCCCUACCAUCAAUGUUAUUGAGACAGACGAGCCGAAUUACAGCGAUGAUGAGAUGGAGAUGGAAGUGGAGGAGGAGGAAGAAUGUUCUGAAGUUGUGAAAGAGACACCAAAAAUCCCUGAGCCACAACCAGAUGUAACUAAAAAGGAAUCGUCCAAUAUUCCCCCCUUAGAAUAUGAGGGUUACUCUCCUCCCUCCUCUCCUGUCGACUCUGAUGCUGAAUACUCACCUAAACACAAGAUCUUGAAAUCUGAAUGCGAUACAGAUAACCAAAAGACCACAGCAUCUAAUGAUGGGAUGCAAAGUGCUGCUGUGUCAAAGAGCUCAACUUAUGAGGUGUCACAAGCUCAGAAAGUGGAGUCUGACAAAUCAGAGACCCCCAAUGAGUCUAAUGAAAAGUCUUCCCCAUCCACUGCCAAACCUUCUGAGAAAACCGCAGAGAACAUUUCAGACUUUCCAGACUAUGAUGACGAUGACUGGUCAACUGACGCACAAGAUAUCUUAGUAAAGUCUAGCUCUGCUAACGUUACUGUUCAGGAUCCUCCACUUCACCCCAUAUCCAAGUUUGAAGAGAAGCCCAUGUCUGAUAUUAAAGAGGAUAAUAUGCAGACAGUUGAGUUUUCAAAAUCCAACUACAUGCAGGAUGACACAAUCCGUAAAUCCGACAGACAAUCUUUUGAGGACGAAGACGCACUGCCACCCACGGAUGACACCAUUGACGAUAAAGAGCUGAACUUUGACAAUGUACCAGAGCCUUCUCCCUCCGAUCCAACCUCUCCGAUCCAUAUCGAAACACUACUCCCUCAAAACAAUGCAACUACCAUGAUCUCAGAUUUGGAGAAUAUCACCUCGAUGGAUGAAGAAUCCUUCCCCAAGCCAGUCGGGGGACAGCCAUCUCCCAGGAAGUUUCCCAAAGAUCCAUUCUCCUCUUUCCAGAGCGAACCGCCUGGUAACACCAUGGAGCCCAAGACUGAGAAGAAACCUAACGAUGACAUCAUGGCAGAUAGCAUGGUCAACAGCAAGACUCUCCCACCACAGGAAGCUGGGUUGGAGAAGGACAGUAAAGCAGGACACCAUUCACCAGACAAUACCAGUGACCCAGAAAGCAUUGAGCCGGACUGCUCUGUCUCUGGUGCCACAGACAGCUUCGUCGAGUUCAUGAGGGAGUGCCUGAAGUCACGACAGGACGAAGAUCCAGAAGACCUCCGUCAAGGUCUCACAGGCAAGGAUGCGUGUCUUCAAACGGGCACUCCUCCCUCCCAGUCCACACCAACCAUGGUUAUGGAUCUGGAGCAGGAACGCCUCACUAUCAAAGCCCUUAAAGAGUUAGGCAGCAGCCAAGAAGAGGAGGAUGACCUUCAGUCUAGUAUCAAGGCCUCUGAAAAAUCCCAGUCUUCCUUCACCUCAACAACCUCCGACCAUCCUUCUCCCCAAAACAAACCUGCGUCCGACAGCGCGUAUUCCAAAGAGGUAGAGGCCAUCGACGUGUGGGUGGCUGAGGCCUACCACCUUGCAGAGCAUGUCUUGGCAGCAAUACUAACGCACUUGUCAGUCAAGGAUUUGGUGCACUGGCGAGACCCCAAGAAGUCGGGCGUGGUGUUCGGCCUGUCCCUGCUGACGCUCCUGUCCCUGGCGGCGUUCAGCGUCAUCAGCGUGAUCUCCUACCUGCUCCUCGCCCUUCUCUGUGUCACCAUCACCUUCCGCAUCUACAAGUCCGUCGUCCAGGCCGUGCAGAAGUCCAAUGAUGGACACCCCUUCAAGGCUCUGAUGGAGAAGGAUGUCAGCAUUCCCCCCGAGACCUUCCGCAAGCACGUGGACGUCAGUCUGACCUACAUCAACCGAUUCCUCAAACAGAUGAGCAAACUCUUCCUGGUCGAGGACAUCAUCGACUCCCUAAAGCUGGCUGUAGUGAUGUGGCUGCUGACCUACGUAGGAGCUGUCUUCAACGGCAUCACCAUCUUCAUCCUGGCUGACAUCCUCCUCUUUGCCGUGCCCCCGUUCUAUGAGAAGAACAAGACCCAGAUUGAUCACUACAUGGAAAUCGUGCGCACUCAAGUCAACACCACAAUGGCUAAGUUGCAAGAGAAACUCCCUGGAGCCAUCAAGCGUACGAAAGCUGAAUGAUUGGCUCUCAGACAUCUUCAUCACAUUUAUCCCAUCUUAAAUCCCCUCCCCUCCUCCCUGCCUCUCCUCCUUCUCAGUCCUCUUCCCCUAUCCAUCCUCUAACCUCCCUCCCUCCCUCCCUCCCUCCCUCCCUCCCACCAACCAUCAUACCAUCUGCACUGAACCAGCUAGGUAGAAAAAAAUGUCAAAUGCUACUCAAUAUUCAAUGUAAACUGCGCAGCUUAACUACGAGCAUUUAGAAAAAGAACUACACCUACUGCGUCGACAGGAAACACGUCUAGUGGGAGGAAAUGAUGUAAUGCCGUGGCAGGACGCCUGUCUUUGGGCAAACAACAAAUUAUGCAGGGGGCAAGUGAACUAGACUGAAUCUAUGACUUGGUUUUGUAGUGUACAGUUGGAGGGUGUAGGGUUUAACAUUGACGAGUAAGGAUGAGCGUUCGUCUCGCAAAAAAGCAAAAAUGUCUGUACUUUUAACUAUAUAUUUAGCUGAAAGUAAACAACACAAGUAGAAAAGUAAAAAUAAAUAAAAAGAGCAAACUGAUUUUUUAAAAUUACGUUUGGGUGUAAAUUGUGGCUAGUCCUUUUCCUGCUGUCUCGCUCUGUGGCAGUUGUAUGGAUAAACAAAAAAUAUAUAGAGUUUGUGUCUGGAACAUGGUACUGGGAUUUCACUGUUACGGAUUGGCCUGUUUUGGUGUUAUUGUAUUUUGUUCACCUUAAAGGUAUUUAUGUAUGUAAAACGUUUCUGCAAUGCACUGAACUUUUUUUUCAAAUCCCAUGAGCAGGUUAUAAUAAAAGGAUUGGAACACUGAACCAGCUGUGAUACUUUUGGUCUAGUUCACCCUGUUUGAUUUGGAUGCAUUUGGCAUAAUGUUUCUGUAUAUACACGACUACAACGGGGCUCCCUCUUUCUCUGCUGUAUGAAACAAGUUAGCAUCGCUUUUUUAUAAAAGGAAAACUCACUCUUACAGCGGUCAUAACUUGUUUUUUGUCGCACCUGUUCAAGUCAUCAAUGUCUCAUGUUCACCAGUACAUUUAUAUUAUUACUAUUAUUGAUAUGAUUGAUAUUAUUAUUAUUAUUAUUAUUAUUAUUAUUAUUAUUAUUAUUGCUUAUAGGAUUGCUGCUUUUGACUCCCUUUUAGCUUUGUAAAGGCUCCAUAAAGCUUCAUAGUAGCUUCGUGAAGCUUCAUAGAGCUUCAUAACCGCUUGACUUCUCCAGUGAGACCUCUUGGCAAACUCUUGGAUAUGGGUUCAAAGACAGUUCCCUUUUUGACGGUAGCUGGAAGUAUAACUAUGACGGAAGAUAGAUGCAAGAAAAUAUUUGGUGGGUGUUGUAAUUGUUUAGCUUUAUUUGAAUGCCAUGUAGUGCAUGUCAUUGCAUGAGCUGGAAACAUUCUCACACUUUUUAUAUAGGCUGUUUCAUAUUCUUAACCCUUAUGUUUUUGUUUAUAAGAUGAUCAUUAAUUGUGAUUGCUUAAAAGGUGUUUUGAUUUCAAUAAAAACCAUGGUCAUCUAUUUUAGGGCUACUUCUCUGUAAUGGCAAAGUGUCUUCGAAAGGGAUUUUAGAAAUUGUUCCUAUUCUGAUCGUCAAUACUCCUAGACAUUGUGCCCAAAGUAAGUUUGCACGUCCGUUGUAAUUUUUUCAGGAAUCCCUCUACAUUGGAUGGUCACUGAAGAUAAAACACUAAUGUUGUAACAUAAAUUAUACAAUGAUCAUUUCACAUUGCCUCAAUGCAUCAACAACUACUACUACUACUACUAUUCAAAUGUAUGUUAACUGCUGAAUGUUACCCUGCAACAUUGAUAGAACAUUCCUCCCCAUGCAUGAAAACCAAUGUUUCAUAGUGGCCCCGAUGUUGUCAGUGGACACACUGCCUCACGGAGAUGUGGAGCAACAAUGCUUAUUGGUUCCCAUCUGCAUUCAUGUGUCUGUAUAUCUAACUCUGUGGCAGUUCAUUCAAGCCACUGGACAAUAAUCUACUUGCUUCGCUAGGGUCAAGUCUAACUCGACCCUCAAUUCAUCAACUCAAGCUAUUGGACAUGUUUGUUCUGGAUGUUUGUUUUUCACACACACAUACAUACACGCUCACCCACAGUUGAACGUAUCCAAUGUCUGUAAACCACUGUGUCCUUGUGAUGCUGGACUAAUUAAACAUUCAGUUGCCAUGAUGAUGACCUCCUCAUUAUAAGGUGUUCCAAACAGUCAGGCUUUUCAUGGGCGCUCCACCACUCAACCUUUUCAUUGAAGGCAAUGCUACCUUUGUUUUCAAUAGAUUAUAAAACAGACCUCUUACUUUAGUGUCUUUAUUUGCUUUAGACAGUGCUUUAUUCUUCCAUUGUCAAAUACAAUAUAAUAAUUAUACAUGCACAUUUUAAACUAGUUUCUGUGAAGAAUGUGGUUUUUUUCAAAUUUUUCCUGCUCUGUUUUUUUUCCUUUCUUGGAGGGGGUUGGCAGGAUUUUUUUUCUUCUCUUUGGCAUUCUUUGUUUUGCUUUUGACUAUAUUGGUAACUAGGUGUGUUAACUAACAUCUCCGCUCUGUCUGUAAGCAAUGACUUUAGAUCACAUUUUGGAGCUUUGGAAAAAAAGUUGGAAAAAAUUAGAGAAAAAAACUGUGAUCCCUGUACUGAUGUUAAAGUGGAAUUAAUAAAAAUAUGUCAAAGGCUGA